AUGUCUAAAGUUUCAAUUGCGGUUAUCGGUUUACAUGGUUUCCUUGGUAAACAUGUUAUUUCAGCUAUUGAAUCUGGUAAAUUUGACUCAAAAAUUCAAUAUCCAAUCAAAGCAAUUACAAGAAAAUCAGAUGUUAAAUCAACUGAUAAGAUCGAAUAUGUUACUGGUGAAGUUUCCGAAGUUUCAUCAAAAUUAGGUUCAAUUGAUGUUAUUAUUGAAUUAACUGGUCCAAAUCCUGAAGUAUUCGCAGCUACUGAAAAAUUAGCUCAAAAUUUAAAACCAAAAAUUUAUAUUCCAUCACAAUUUGGUACUGAUAUUUUACAAGUUGAUACUUACGCACCUGGUUUUUUAGCUUUAAAAACUCAACAUUCAGAAAAUUUAAGAAAAAUUGAAGGUGUUAAAGUUGUUGAUGUUAUAACUGCAUUAUUUGCUGUUCCUGGUGCAUUUUUAUAUGAUUGGGUAGGUGCUGUUGGUAUAAAUUCAGAUAAUAAAGUUGAUUUAAUUGGUGAUAUAAAUCAAAAAUUCAAUAUUACAAAAUUAGAAGAUUUAGGUAAUGCUUUAUUAUCAAUUUCUGCAACUAAUCCAAAAGAUUUACCAGAUACUUUAAGAAUUUCAAGUCAAGUUAUUACUAUUCAAGAUGUGAUUGAUAAAUAUUCAAAAGAUAAAUUAAAUGGUGAAAAAUUGGAAAUUGCUUCAAAGAAAUCUGCGGAAGAUGGUAAAAAAGAAUUUGUUGAUAAAUUAAAUAAAGGUUUUAAUCCAAAUGAUUUCUUAUUUUAUUUACAAGCUAUAAUUGCUCAAGGUUUAGAUAAAGGUUUAUAUUUCUCAAAAUUAGAUAAUGAAUUGAUUAAUCCAAAUGAAUCAAUUUGGAAAUGGGGAAAAUUUUAA